AUGUGUUCUCUCGCCCGUAGCAGUUGGUCUUGUGCUUGCUUUGCCACUAUCAGCGUAUGACGUGGGUGGUUUAGAGAAGAUUGGCACGAACAUGAAAGCAGUUAGCGGUUUAAAUUCACGUCCGUGGUGCAUAGCAACGUGUCGGCUGCCUUCAACAUCAACGAGUAUCUUGUAAUGACUGAUACAUGGAAAUAUUUGUGUGCAUCGCAAGGCAACAUCAGACCUGGUCUCCCAGUGGCAUAAGAUGAUUGAAGUGCAAGCAAAGCUGCUGCGCGAUGUCGUCUAUGUCGCUGGAGACAGUGUUGAAUGCUUGGUCACUUUCACUAACAAGCAGCCCGAUGCAAACUGCAACGAGCCGAAUGACAACAGCAUCAAGAGAAUGCCUGAGAACAUUGCCUGGGCCAGCGCUCAGAUACAUUGCCACUGCUCGGUGGAUGAGUCCAAAGUCCGGUUUCCUAAGUCUCCAUCUCAAGAGCAGAUGGCCACUGGCUCCAAGGACACCUCAUUCAUUCCGUGCCGAGGUGAAGGUGAAAAAGGCUACGUGGUAUUCUCCUCCAAGCCCAAGAUCUUGUUCUGCGACCUCCGGCUGCUACCUGGGGAAAGCAAAUCAUUCAUGUACAAGGAAGUCAUUCCUUCCUCUGUGCCGCCAUCGUACAAGGGCCAAGCAGUACGGUACGCUUACAAGGUCACUAUCGGUGCACAGAGGGUCAAUGCACUGACGAGGUUGCUCCGAAUACCUAUCAAAGUGUUCGUAGUUGAAGGUCUGAUGGAAGCACUAAAGGAGCGUCUGGCCAAAGCAGCUCCAAGCAACCCAUUCCUUCCAACAGCAAGUCGCCAAUCAGUGCUCGAAGUAGCUGUAGAUUUCUUGGAGGACUUGACAUCUCGAAGAAGGCCUAGCUACUACAAUGUGACGCACCAGAAUGGACGGGUUGUGCGUUUCUGCCUGCUCAAGUCGUGCUUCCGCCUGGGUGAAGAUAUUGUUGGCAUGUUUGACUUCUCUGAGGCAACGGUCCCCUGUGUGCAGUACUCGGUGACACUGCAGAGCGAGGAGCACAUUUCUGCUGCUGCGUCGGUCACAGGCGAGGCUGUGCAUUCCACGCUUGGACAUUGCCGACAGCAUGCCUUCUGCCUGCACCUGCGCACGACCCACCUGCAUCUACCUGUGCCACUACAUGUCACCCCAACCUUUGGCUCUGAUAUCGCUGAACUGCGUUGGAACCUCCACUUCGAAUUUGUGAUGACUACGUCCCCGGUGAUGCAGCCAGGGCAGCAAGUGCCGAGCUCUUGCGACUGGCAACCUCCAGCAGUACUGGACGUGCAGACUAUGGUGUGGGACUUGCCCAUAUGCCUGUACCCUACACACCCUGGCCAUGUCAGCAGUGCUCUCAAAGCGCCAUCCCAAAUGACUCUGCAAAUCUGCUGACCAUUGGCCAGCAACAGUGCUGUGCUCAUGCCUGGAAACUGCUCUGCCCACAGCUGACAAAGCGAGAAGCAGGUUGCAGUUUGUGUUUUGUACGAUGGAACCUCUAGAGCUGCAGCCACGUGCACCCAUCAAACGCUUGGGCUUACAUGCAGCUGCAAAUUUUUCAUCCUUCACUUACCUUGAGGUUGGCUGUUGUUUACAGUCCUCUCUGAAUACUCCCAAGCCUAUGAGUGCACUAGAAGAGCCAACUUCAUGGCCAGCUCUUAAGUAGAGGUUGAGUAGUGCUGCCAGCACUCCAGUGCACUUUUGUUGCAGGGAGUUAGGAAAGCAUUCAUCUUAACACUCUACAUCUUUGGAGGUGUGCCACAAGAAUCCAACCAAGUGGCCCAGAAGUGAUGGUGGUUGUUUUCAAAGUGGCUCGAGAACUUUUUGUAGUAGGCUGUGCACUUUUGGGAGCUAUUUCUUGUCUGCGAGGGCCAGCUAGCUUUGGAAUUGCUGAGUUGCUUACGGUAGACAUUUAAUUAUGUGCAAGUUGGAGAAACCUGCUUUUGCUGCUGUUUGUAGUAUGGUAUUAGGCUUCAGUAAUUUGUUCUGACAAUGCUGGGCCUUUUUAUUCUGUUGAAUGCCAUUAUUGGUAUGCAAUUCGUGUUGGAAAACUUUUGCUUUAUUGCUUAAGGGGACUUUACGAACCUCCUUUGCAAGUUUGGGGCAAGCUAUUCAUUUCUGCAUUUUGUGCGAGGUGUCAUUGUGCAGUUAUAGAGAGUAAGCAUGACCAUUUUGAUACUUCCUCUAUGAUGCUUAUGGCAUAUAAGUUUUGCAGCUGCCCCCAUAUAUGUUGCUUGAAUUGACGAUUGUGUUGAGAUCCUAUGUUUAAAGGUCCCGCCAAUUUUCUUCUUUAGAAGCUCAAAGUACAAACAAAUGUGCAGAAGGUGUUGUGGACUAGAAAUGAUGACGGCACGUAGUUUCGUGCAUAAUUGCUCAUGAAUGCCUGUGUGGCGCAUUUGUAUAGUGCCGACGUCGCGCCAAGUUUGGAUGACUGGAGAAUCCUUUUUUUAUGUGCAUGCUUGUGGUGUGCGACAGUUUUACCACAUGUACAUUGGCCAGAGUUACGAAUGCAGCAUACAUUAAUGUAACUCUCCAGUGCCUCUCACACUGGGCGACGUUUGAGUACAGGUGCCUGCCAGUGGCAGCCUUUUAAUUAAAUACUUUUGGAUAUCCAGCUGUGCUGAACGAUGUUGACAUGCUAUUGAUUGUGCCUGGUAUAUCUGUAAGAUAUGUGAGGUAUCUUUACCAUUAAGGGGUCAGAUCACUGUAAAUAGACCAUUUCUGGCAGCUCCACUGUUAUGCCAAGCAUUCGACACACGUGUUGGUCUUGUACUUGUAACGCGUAUAGUGUUGUUACCUUACUAUGUUGCAAGUUUUUUUUUACUUGUGCUGUAUAUGCUGCGAGGGACUCGUGCAAGGUGUAGGUGAUCUGAAUGCAGAUUUGCUGUUAGCUUGUAUUGCGGUUUGAUAUAUAUGUGGAAGGCUUCUUUUUCUUUUCACUGUAGCAUAAUUUUUAUGUGCGGUACUUGCACGCCAACACAAAGCAAGUAUAAUCACCUUAAGAUCUUUCUUGCUCUGAGAAGAUAGUUUUUGACUCACUUAUUGUUACUACACAGUUCCAAUACUAAAGUUGAGAAAAAUAAAAACGUUGCCAUUAAAAUUUA